AGACAAUCACCGGAAUUCUUAAAAGGUCGGACCGGCGACCAAACUACAAGAAUCCGGCCUUCGGAACCAGAGAGGCUGUCUUGACGAUCCACGACCGCCAUAUUUCAUUUCCCUCUCUCUCUCUCUCUCUGUGGUUUCCAUUUAGCAGCAAUUUUCACUUCAGGGUCAAAAGGUCACUUAAAUUCUUCAGCGUCAAAAAACUGGAAACCAAUUCAGUCUUCAGACACAAACUAUCUCUUCGUUCUGAGUCUUUCUUCCCAUCUUUGUAGAGAUAGAGCGUGUCUGAUUAUGUGUUUCUGACUUUUACGAGUGUAUAUCAAAUGGGUUCUCUUGAAAGCGGUCAGUCUAUUAUUUGUUCUUCAUCUGCGCCGAGCAGGAUUGAGAGGCACCCAUAUGGCCCAAAAGCCAGAUCGAGAUUUGCAAGUUUGGUGCUUCCCAAGAAGAUUGAUUAUCUGCAAUGGGUUUACACUGUGGCUAUCUUCUUCUCCUUUGUGGUGCUCUUCCAGAUGAUUUUACCUGGUUCAGUGAUGGAAAAAUCAGGGAAUUAUUGGGGAGGACGAAGAAGAGAGGUGGCUUCCGGGGAUUUCAUGUUGUUGAGGGAGAUUGGUGGAUUUGAUUUUGGGGAGGAUAUAAAGUUUGAGCCAUCGAAGCUUUUGGCCAAAUUUCAAAAGAAGUAUGAGGAAGCCAAUGUUUCAUCUGUUUCAAGGUUUGGGUAUAGAAAACCCCAGCUUGCUUUGGUUUUUGCAGAUCUGUUAUUUGAUCCACAACAGAUACUAAUGGUUACUAUAGCUAUUGCUUUGUGUGAAAUUGGGUAUAAAAUGGAGGUUUACUCGCUUGAAGAUGGUCCUGUGCAUGCUGUUUGGAAGAAUGUAGGAGUACCAGUCACUAUCAUCAAAAUCAAUGAGAAGGAGGAUGUAGCUAUAGACUGGCUAAACUAUGAUGGCAUAAUUGUGAACUCAAUUGAAGCCAGGGAAGUUGUUUCAUGUCUUUUGCAGGAACCGUUUAAGUCUCUGCCUCUUAUAUGGACUAUCCAUGAAAAGACAUUGGCUGCUAAUUUGAGAAAAUACACAUUAAAUAGCCAGUUUGAGCUUGUAAGUUAUUGGAAGAAGUUGAUCAAUCGUGCUACUGUUGUGGUCUUCCCAAACCAUGCCCUGCCGAUGCUUUACUCUGCAUGUGAUGUCGGAAACUACUUUGUUAUUCCGGGUUCUCCUGCUGAAGCAUGGGAAGCGGACAACUUUAUGGUUUCACACAAAGAUAGUCCAUGUGAAAAGAUGGAUUAUGGGCCUGAUGAUUUUCUUAUUGUCAUUGUGGGAAGUCAAUUUUUAUACAGAGGUUUGUGGUUGGAGCAUGCCUUCAUUUUAAAGGCUCUGUUACCAAUUUUUAUGGACUUCCCAUCUGAUGAAAAUUCAAAUUCUGGACUUAAAAUCAUUGUCUUAAGUGGGGACUCAACCAGCAAUUAUAGUGUGGCUGUGGAGGCCAUUGCUCGUAAGCUUAGAUACCCAAGGAGCAUUGUGAGGCAUGUUGCUACAGAUGAACGAGCAGACAGUGUUCUGAGCAUGUCUGAUCUAGUCAUAUAUGGAUCCUUUCUUGAAGAGCAAUCUUUUCCAGGCAUUUUGAUAAAGGCCAUGCGGUUUGGGAAGCCAAUCAUAGCCCCAGAUCUCUCCAUGAUCAGGAAACAUGUUAAUGAUAAGGUGAAUGGUUAUCUGUUUCCAAAGGAUAAUAUAAUGGUUGUCACACAGAUACUGUCGCAAGUGGUCUUAAAUGGAAAGCUAUCACCUUUAGCCCACAAUAUUGCAUCAAAUGGCAAACUCACUGCAAAAAACCUUAUGGCUUCAGAAACUGUGGAAGGGUAUGCCUCUUUGGUAGAAAAUGUUCUCAAGCUUUCAUCUGAAGUUGCACCUUCCAAGGCUAGUACGGAAAUUCCUAGCAAAUUGAAAGAGGAAUGGAAAUGGCAAUUAUUUGAGUCUAUAUCAAAUUCAACAUUUCUAGAUAGAACUUUGGGAAGUCGCAAAUUUUUGGAGAAGGCUGCAAAGCAGUGGGACAUUACUCAAACACAGAGUUCUGAUGCUGAGACUUCCACAGAUGGGACAUUCAUAUAUACAAUAUGGGAAGAAGAAUACAAUGAGAUUGCUAAUAUGAGGAAGCUAAGAGAAGAACAAGAGUUGAAGGAUAGAUCUAACCAACCUCAUGGAACAUGGGAGGAUGUUUAUCGGAGUGUCAAAAAGGCUGACAGAUCUAAGGACAAUCUGCAUGAAAGGGAUGAUGGAGAGCUUGAAAGGACAGGUCAACCAAUAUGCAUCUAUGAACCUUACCUUGGGGAAGGCACCUGGCCUUUUCUGCACCAUACUUCACUCUAUCGUGGAAUUGGGCUGUCCAUGAAAGGUCAAAGACCGGGGACAGAUGAUAUUGAUGCACCAUCUCAUCUUCCACUUCUCAAUGAUCUUUACUACCGAGAUCUUCUUGGUGAGCAUGGAGCCUUUUUUGCAGUAGCUGACCGUGUUGACCACAUCCACAAGAAUGCUUGGAUAGGGUUCCAGUCCUGGAGAGCAACUGCAAGGAAGGACUCUCUCUCGAAGGUUUCUGAAACUGCAUUAUUGGAUGCUAUCCAAGCUAGAAAGCAUGGUGACGCCCUCUACUUCUGGAGUCGUAUGGAUAAAGAUCCAAGAAACCUAUUGCUACAGGACUUUUGGACCUUCUGUGAUGCUAUAAAUGCUGGAAAUUGCAAGUUUGUCUUCUCCGAGGUUUUAAAGCAGAUGUAUGGCAUAAAGCAAGAUUCAAAUUUUCUUCCUCCCAUGCCCAUGGAUGGGGGCACAUGGUCUGUUAUGCACAGCUGGGUGUUGCCAACCAAGUCCUUCCUGGAGUUUGUAAUGUUUUCAAGAAUGUUUGUAGAUUCACUGGAUGCACAAUUCUAUGAUGAGCAUCAUCAGAGUGGUCAUUGCUAUCUGAGUUUAUCAAAGGACAAACGUUGCUACACCCGGGUGCUCGAGCUGCUCGUCAAUGUCUGGGCAUACCACAGCCCGAGGAGGAUGGUUUAUGUGAAUCCAGUGACCGGAGAAAUGCAAGAACAGCACAAGCUGAAGAAGAGGAGAGGGAAAAUGUGGCUGAAAUGGUUCUCAAACACCACCCUAAAGAACAUGGACGAGGACCUGGCGGAGGAGUACGAUUCCGACCACCCCAGGAGGCGGUGGUUGUGGCCAUCCACCGGCGAAGUCUUCUGGCCGGGCAUGCACCUGAAGGAGAGGAAUCUGAGGAACCAAGAUAGAGAGAACAGAAAGAAACAUAGCAAGGACAAGAUGUCGAGAAUGGUUCGUCGGCGUCGCCAGAAACCGAUAGCAAGGAGCCCGUGAAGCGCCUGUCCACCGUAGCCGGCGGAGGAUUCAAAUUCAGCAAUGCUGUUGUGUAACGUUGUUUCAUUUUCCAGGAAAGUAGGCUAGAUUGAUGGAAUCCAAACUUUCCCGGAAACUUCGGUUGACUUGUGAUUUCAUUGUGGCUUUCCAUCCAUCAACUUUAGAAAAUACAGGAAAGAAAGGUAGAUUGAGUUCUUAGUCUCAGUGUGCAUACACCUUUGCGAAGAACCAUGAUUUUGUGAAUGGAUACAAAGAAAAUAAUAGCAAAAACACAGCCAAGAAUGAUGCCAAAGCAAUGUAAAAUGAUGUUCUUUAAGGUUUGUGGGUUCUUCUAUUCUUCA